UAAAAUUCCUCUGACUUGGGCUUUUGAAAAAAUUAUGAAUGGUUACUAGAAUAAUCUCAGGUCUUGAAUAUUUUAUUUAUAGUUUAUCGCUUAAUUCAUGAAAAAAAAAAUUGAUAUAGGGUAGAAGAAUCGAAAGUUUCGCAAAAACAUUAUACCCUCAAACAGUUAGGUACAUUCUGAGAGCUGAAAAUGUCUUCCAAUAAAAAAAAUAAUAAAGCUGAUUUUGUAGCAAUAUACAGGCUGGAAUUUUAUAAAAAUAAGAGGAAUUGGAAAUUAGGUGCAAGAGGAAAUACAAUAGAAACGAAAACUGUACAAAGUACUCUCAAUGCAACCUAUGAUGUGGAGGAAGGGUCAUCAUUACACCUCAAUGAUGCAUUUAUUGAUACUGCCUCAGACGCAGACCAAACUUCAAAAUCUAAACCGGAGUCACUAAAACGCAACCUCUCACAGCAAUGGCUGGAAAGCAUUAACAUAUGGCCAUCGACUACACAGAAACAGAAGACAAAUGAUUCUAAUGAUAUCCUACAGAAGUUAUUAUCUAGAGAUAGGGAAGUGGAUGUUAAAUUGGAUCGUAAUCUGUGUUUAAAUUGUCCGGGAUUGGAGAAGGAAAUUAACGAUAGGGUUGUGGAAUUGCAAUCUGAAUACUUGCCGAAGCGAGCGGAAAUCCGUCCCAGAAGCAUAAACACGAACACAACAAAGAGUGCUCUAAGUAAAGACGACGCGAGGACGAUCGCAGAGUUGCAAGCGCAGUACUACGGGCUGGAACACGCUUGGCCGCCGGAGUUUAAUCCAGCAAUCCCGCCCCCACCACUGCAGCUGCCAGAAAUAACUGAACCUGACUGGCCUCAACAGUGGAUCAAUGAUAAUCCUGCUGAUGAUGUGGACGUGGUGGAUGGAGCUGAUCACAGGUUUUUGUCGUCUGGAUUUUUGAGUUUGCAGCGCGAAUUCAAUUUAGUGGAGGAGCGCAUGUCAUCUUUGUCAGUGGACAGCUUUAGUGAGUUCAGUCGUGGAGCUGAUCUCGCGCCGCACGCGUCUGAAAUAGAAUUGGCGGACUUGCACGAGGAGCUAGACGCGAACGGCGUGGCUCGCAUGUCGUCGGCGCAGCUCGCGGGCGCGGUGCAGGCGCACGCGCGCCGCCUCGCGCUGCUGCUGUGGGAGAGCGGGGAGCGCCGGAAAUUACGCCACUCUCACAGCCAGCACGAGCGCAUGAGCGUCGACUCGUUUCCGACGCACGAUAUGGGACCGUACCGACACGAUACGACCGAAUUUAUCGCAGGCUCCUUCCCCACGGGGCCACGGGGGAGGGUGGUAAUAGAGGGAGGGAGACCGGUUAGGUUGCAUGGGGAUUUUGUUUAAAAUUAUUGAGGGUAGCUUAAAAAAUGUGGGUAGUUUUUUUUUAAUUAAAUGCUUUAUUCAAAAGGUGAUAGUAGUAUUGAAACAAUAGCACCAAAAUUAUAUAAUGAGGGUAGUUUCAUUAUCUAGUUAUAUAAUGAUCACAGAACAAAUAAUUGAGGUUAGAAAGGUCAUGUGGUGAGACUGGUACGCCAUUCAUAUUUGAAGAUAGAACACAGAUAGAAAAUACAUUGCUGACAAUGUAUAGGCACCGUAAUAAUGGUAAUAAAGGAAAAGAAAAAACGGUGACGUUCUUAUACGAAGAAAAAUCUACAUAUUAUUUUCUUUUUAAAAUCUUUUAUAUUAUGUUCUAUGUUAAUGAUCUGAAAACUACCGUCAGAAAAACUUACGACGGUUGUUUUUUUUAGGUUUAUUGUGGGUAGUUUCAUAUUGUAUCGAAUUUCAGUAAAUUUUUUGUGAUUUGAAAGUGAGUAGAAUUUUUUUUUUGUUAUGAGGAUAAUUUACAAGUACCCUCAAAAAUGUAUAACUUGUUUGUACGGGUUUAAAAUUGGUUGUGCCAUAAAUACUGUUUAUAUAAUCUUGAAUUUUGUUAUAAACAUCUAUAUAUUUUCCAAAAAUAGUAAACUAAAAGUAUUUUCGAAGACUGAUUAUUGUAUAAAUACAUAAAAAUUGUUAAAAAUGAAGAGUUUUAUAGUUGAUUUAGAAAUUAAGUCGUCCACACACACGCGGUUUAAUUGUACGUACUACCUAUAUACAGGGUUACUUGUAAAACACCAGCAACCUCGCAGGACAAGAUAGGUCAUAGGCGAUAGCUAACAUCAUAAGAAACAACAUUUGUUCUACGACUUUUGAUAAUUUGUUUGAUUUUAUUUUCAUACAAAAAUAAAUAUUCAUUUAAUUUUCCGUUUGAAUAUUAUAAACUCUACGCGCAUCACAAAAAUUACGUAAACAAGAAGCGAACGAGAGGGGGAAGGUAGAAAUUGAACUUGACUGUCUUGACCUAUCUGCGACAGUCAGCGCACUUACAAAUGUUAGGAGAGUACAAUAAUAGCUUAAAAAAUCAUUUAAAAAUAAUUUAUUGCGUUAUGCCAAUAGUUGUAGAACAAAUAUUAUUACUUUUGAUAUUAGAUAUCUUGUUCUGCGAGGUUGCUGGUGUUUUACAAGUAACCCUGUAUAAGUGUAUACCCUGUGAUUAAAAUAUCAGAUUUUACUUACAAAAUAGGCAGUUUAAAAUAUAAAAUAGCAAAAAUACAUGUAAGAGUAUAUUUUUUUGUCGCUUUCAGCACUUUUACAGUGAAUGAUUUUGAGACGAACUUUAUGAACGAUCCCUUCGACUUAAAUGUCUUAUUUCAGUGAUAUAAAAGUAUAGGAUUUUAAAUUCUGACUUAAAUUAGUUUAACUAUUAUAUUUCGUAGUGUUUUCUUGUGUAAUAACGCUAUAUACAUAAAAAUAUACUCUCUUAAUUAAAAAAAAAUACUUUUUUUAACGUAACUGGUUUUGUAUGUAAAAUCUGAUUAGAAUAUAGAAUAUUAUUAUUUUGUUGAAGUGAAACUUCUUUAUAGGGGUUGGAAAAAAA